CUAAAAGUCUGAGUUUGUUGUGCAGGAGAAGUAUGGAUUCAAUGGAACUGUUUUUCAUUUCUCUUGGUGCUGCAGUUGUUGUCUACUACGGAGUAAAGCUGCUCCUUUUCAGUAGGAUGUUUUAUCCAAAAGUGUGGUUUCCACUGCCAGAGUCUUUCUUCUCAUCAAUGGGAGAGUGGGCAGUGGUGACUGGUGCUUCAGAGGGCAUAGGAAGAGCAUAUGCAUUUGCACUGGCAGAGCAUGGCAUGAAUGUGGUUAUCAUGAGUCGAACCAAAGCAACAUUGGACCAGGUAGCAAAGGAAAUAAGUGAUGCUACAGGGCAGAGGGUGAAAGUGGUAGUGGCAGACUUCACAAAGGAAAAUGUGUUCAGUGAAAUUGAGGAUCAGCUGAAGGACCUGAAUAUUGGAGUUUUAGUCAAUAAUGUAGGCAUGCUGCCCAGCUUCAUCCCAUGCAAAUUCCUUGAGUCUACAGAUCUGGAUCAGACAAUUAUAAAGGUGAUCAACUGCAACGUGAAGACUACAGUCAAGAUGUGCAAAAUAAUCCUUCCAGGCAUGGAGAACAGAGGGAAAGGAGUGAUUGUAAACAUUUCGUCUGGAGUUGCUUCUAUUCCUUGCCCCCUGUACUCUCUGUAUGCUGCAUCUAAGGUGUUUGUGGAGAGAUUUUCUCAAGGUCUUCAAGCGGAGUACAAAGAUAAAGGGAUUAUUAUACAGGCAGUGGCUCCAUUUGGGGUCUCCACUCGAAUGGCAGGUUUCCAGCAAACCAACAUAGUUACCCUGUCACCGGAGGACUUUGUAAAGAGCUCUCUGCAUCAUCUCAGAGCUGGAGACAAAACAUACGGCAGCGCCUGUCACACAGUCCUGGGCUGGUUACUACAAUCCAUUCCUCGCAAGAUUCUCUAUGCAGACAGUAUGCUAAACAUCUCACAAGACUAUGUCAGGAAAAAACAGCACAGAAGAUAUCAACCUCCACAUCAAGUGCAGCUAUUGAAAAUGGAAGAUACAAAUAACCUGGAAUAG